AUGUCGCGGAAGGUCAACAGUCUUCAAAGUAACCUUUCGCAUCAGACGCCGGAGUCUCUGUGCGCUCCUUCUUCGGUAAUUCCUCUCGGACCGGGAAGCACCACCUCGGCCACAUCCUUCUCAGGUGAGGAUUGGCUGGUGCUGUCCGACUUCGAUGUGAACCAGAACAGAAGCUGGUCUCUGGGAGACGUCGUGCUGGGUUACCAGAAUGUUUCCGAGCUGUUGCACUUCUAUGCACUUCACUACUACGACCAUCUGCCGAUAUUGGACAAGGUGACAUCGAUUUCAGCAUUGCAUGACCCCAAUCACCUCCUCUUUUGGACCGUUUUGCGGGUCGCAUGCUAUCGACACCCAAGAUUCAGCCACGUCUUCGAACUGAGCUGGCAGCCUUAUCGGCUCCUUCUUAUGAGCCAUCUCGUUGCCAUCAUCCAUGACUUUAGAACAAUCCAGGCGAUCGUCAUCCUUUGUCACUGGCCGAAUUCUGGACCAAGACAAAGCCAGGACCCAAGCUGGCAAUAUUGCGGCAUUGCAUUGAACGCGGCGAUGCAGAUGGGUAUGGACCAGCCACACCCCGAAAAGAUCUCCCCUGGGUUUCAUGGCCGAUCUAACGUCCAUCAAAUGAGUGUCUAUUCACGGCACAUGACCUGGCUGGCGUGCUUUCAUAUCAGCACAAGUCUCAGCGUAUGGCUCGGUGUUCCACCCCAUCUCUCGUCGCCUGCCCAACUGAACGCUAUUUCAUCCACGGCCAAGGAACCCGACGUGCCGCAGCAGCUCAUGGUGCAAAUCGAAAUUCAACGCCAAGUCGUUCAGUACUCGACGUCUCUUGCCGGCGACGUCGACGCAGGUACCGCCUCCACUCUUCUCAAUCUCUUCAAUAACGAGCUAGACAACCUGUACAAUGCGUUUCGAGAGAUAUGGUCUUCGAGGCUCGAGAUUCAAUUGCUGGGCGCCAAACUGUAUCUCUUCUCCUUGUGUCUCACGGUGGUGACGAGACGGCCGGGUAGGAUGGCCGAGCAUUACGUUCCUGACCCAUCGAGAUUGCCGGUCCAACUUGGCCUUCCCACAGCGGUCUCUUUGAUCCACAACAUCUCCAAGCUGAACAGAGAAUCGUCAUUGGAGCCACGUCAGUCUGCAUCAGGAGUAAUACACUAUCCGAAAUUCUAUUUCCGCUUGGUAGUGUUCGCCGUGGGGUUCCUGAUGAAGUUCCUCAGCACGAACCCAAACGCUUCGCAAGAGGAUAGAGAGCUUGCCAUCUCGCACAUUAUGACGGCGCAUCAGUUCUUCUCGAGCUUUCCGACUGGGGAAGACUUUGCUCGAGUUGCCCAAGCAAUUGAAGUGCUGGCGAAAAACCUCCGGUCGGACAAGCAAGACGACUCUGAUCCGAUAAGAACCCGAUCUGGGGCGUCUUUGUUGUAUGACAUUUUCCAAAAGUUUAGAGGGCAGACAGAUCGUGUCGGAGGAGACGACAAUACCACCAUUACUGGGGCACCGAUCGAGCCUUGGAAACAAAUUGACGAUGCUUCGAGGACGACAUCGCUAGGCACCAUGAACCCUGGCACGUCCACGUGGGCUUCAGCUGGGACCUACGGCGAGCUGUCAAGUUUUCAACCAGGCUUGGAGGAGAGUCUCGAUAAUCUCCAAUGGAUGUCGGAUGACAUGCUCUCGGAAAUGUUCAGGAUGUGA